CGCGGCCAUAGCUGUCAUCGAAACGAAAACAAAGCAAUCGUCCUCACUAGCGCUCUGUAUUGAUUUUGUUGCACGAAAGCAAAUUCUACCAGCGGUUCAGGUGGGAACAAAACGAGCAAGCAAUGGCACUGUACGACGAUCUGGACACAAAGCACGGUCCCGAUAAGGUGGCCGGGUGGUCAUCCGGGUUAAAGCUGUUUCAACCGCAGCUUCAAGUGAAGAAAGUGAGCCAACCGACCAUAACACCGAAAGCUAUUCUGCGUAAACCUGGCGCCAAGAUUCUAACGCCUGUUGUGUUGAAAGCGAAGAAAGAACCCGGCGAACAAUCGUUACCGUUCGUUGCGUCUUCCGGCAGCGGUGCAACGGCAGAUCCGCAGACCAUCGUAAAGCCUUCCAAAGCACCGAUUACGGUCACGACGACCAAUGCAACACCGAACCCGAUCAGUGCAUCGGCGUCCGAUGACUACAACUGGGACGUGGUGGACGAGUACGAUCCGAUGUGGCCGAACGAGUACGACAAGCUGGUGAAGGACCGGAAAGCUAAGGAACCGCCGAUCAAACCGCUCCAGAGUGGGUUCAGUCGAAACCGGCGGGAUUACAAACGUUCAUUUGGAAUGCGCAUGAACAACAACAAUAACAGCAGUAACAGCAGCAGCAACAACAACAGUGGCAACAAUGCCGGCCCGAGCCACGGUGGUUCUGGCCCGAUGCCCGACGACGAUGGUCCGGGAGGGAAGAAGUUUAGCGGGUUUGCCGGCCGCCCUUCGUCAGACGAUGAGGAAGAGUUCCGGCCCGGGCAGAGCCGUCCAUCGGGAGCGGCAAUCGCACCACCGCCAUCUCUGCAGGAACCUAGCGCUGGUGGCGUCCCAUCGGAAGGGGGUUCCAAAGUUUCUCAGCUGGCAGCGUACGGCGGAAGUUCCGUGGCAGCCAAAAUUAUGGCCAAAUACGGUUUCAAAGAUGGGCAAGGGUUGGGCAAGCAGGAACAGGGCAUGGCUGUGGCACUGCAGGUCGAGAAAACAUCCAAACGUGGCGGAAGAAUAGUGCACGAGAAGGAUAUUCCGGCGGGCGGCGGUGGAGGUUCGGGUGCGGGCAGUGGUUCCGGUACCGAUACGGUAACCUCACCACCGAGCGCAGCCCAAACCGCACCGGAACCCUCGAUAACGGAAAUCAUGAAAUCACCCAGCAAAGUGGUUCUGCUACGGAAUAUGGUCGGUCCGGGUGAUGUUGACGAUGAGCUGGAACCGGAAGUGAAGGACGAGUGUAACACCAAGUACGGCGAUGUGGUAACGGUGGUGAUCCACGAGGUGCCGGAUGUGGUGCCCGAGGAAGCGGUACGGAUUUUCGUGGAGUUUAAGCGGAUGGAGAGUGCCAUCAAGGCGGUGGUCGAUUUGAAUGGACGAUUUUUCGGCGGCCGACAAGUGCGGGCCGGAUUUUACAAUCAGGAAAAGUUUGAAAACAUGGACCUGGGUGGUUGAGCCGGGGUGUGUGCGUGUUUGUGUGGAACCGUGUAAUAGAGAUGUCUAAUAUACAGCGAGUCUUAAAGCGUAUAUUAGUCUAGCUGGAUGGUUUUCAUUUCAGGGCGAGUUUGGAGUGCACUAGGCCUUCAAUAGUAAAACAUAGCAUAAGGAUUGGUAACAGAUGCAUCAAUACACACAAUCAAUUGUUCAACAGUCGGAGUAA